UUCACCUCGUGUUUUUCCGUCUUCCCCCGCUCGCGAAUCUAGGAUAUAAUCUUGCAACUUCGCGCUGGAUUUUCUGCAUCCGACUAUAAUGUGGUUUUUGGAUAAUCAUAUGAGCUCCCACACAAGUAGUACGUGGUGAUACUCCAACAUUGUCGUAGGCUGGAUAUGACUGAGUAUCUCUAUGUGAAACUUGUAAUAUUCGCAUCCGGGACUUUAUGCAGGGACGACAGUAGAAAAAGCCUCACAAGGUACAAAAGAGCAACCAUCUCUUCCGUCCUCUCCUUAUGGCUGCCACCGAACAAGUAGUCUGGAUGAUGCUGACCUGGUCUCUGUUGUCUUCGAUCUUAUGCCUGUUCAGCACUGUCUUUGCUCUCAAUGCUGAUGGCGUUGUUGUUGCGGAGGCUUUACGGUCCACAAAGUGUGCUGAUCCAUCUAUACGAAAGGAAUGGCGCGCACUGUCUUCCAGCGAGCAGGCUGAUUGGAUUACUGCUGUUAAUUGUCUGUCGCGUGUCCCUCAUGAUCCCAAUGUAGCAGGAACCGUAGACCGGGACAUCUCCCAAAUCCCCGCCUUGACCAAUGAUAGCUCGCUUUUCGAUGACUUCGUUUAUCUGCAUAUGGACCUCAAUAUCAAGAUCCAUUGGACUGGCUACUUCCUGCCUUGGCACCGGCUGCUCACGUUCAAAUUCGAGCGUGCCCUACAGGAUCACUGUGGAUACACCGGAACACAACCGUACUGGAACUGGACCCAAGACGCAUACCAGUUUGCUAACUCUACGAUGUGGGAUGAAGAUCCUGCUAGUGGACCAGGCCCUAUCACUGGCGACGAGGACAAUGAUUUCAGCUUGAGCACGGGUGGAUUCUCCAAUCUGACGCUUGCUUAUCCUAGUGAGCAUAUCUUGCGGAGAAAUAUGACUUUGCAGCCGUUCCUGGUGCUUGGAAACCUUUGGCCCGAUAAUCCCGACGAGACAUUGGACUACUAUCAGUACGUGGAUUGGAUGUUCGCACCCGAAUAUGUGCAGAGUAUGGUGGUGGACAACAUUAACUACACUGGUGACUUCAAGGCAUUCCAAUAUUUCCUAGAAGGACCGAAGGGACCUCAUGGACCCCCUCACUGGCUUCCCGGUGGUGACUCAUCUAGCCUUUGUCCUGAAAACUACACUGAAUGUGGCGCCGGCGGACCUAAAUGGUCUAACAACGACCCCCUCUUUUAUUUGCACCAUGCUAUGAUCGAUAAGUUGUACUGGGAGUGGCAAAAUAAAGAUCCGAGCAACUUCUACGCUUUCGAAGGAGGCUCGGUUCAGAGUAUGAGCACUUGGGCUGAAUACGUUCAAUACCCCAAUGGCGCAGCUCCGUGGCUGAACUUGAACAGCACUAUUCCUGGUGAUGGUAUGUGGGACGCAGAAAACAUCACGAUCUGGGACGUAAUCGACAUCCAGAGCGGAAUCCUCUGCUAUGACUACAAGUAAUUAGAACUUAGAAACGUAGAUGAGAUCUGCUUGAGCGCUGCAACAUUAUCUAAAUGACAUUGAGCAAAACUUUGGAACGUGCAACAUGGUCAAGCUACCGCCAUGGAAUCGAAUGACAUGCAAGUCGAUGUCGUGCCCAACAUCGUCCACGUCCCGCUUCCAGUGCUACCAUCUGUGCCACCGCCUCCAGACUCGUACGACGAUCAUCGUGGUACAAACAUUCCUAUUAUCAUCGACAACGGGUCUACCACCUUCCG